AUGAUUGCCCGUUGGAAGAGAUUUUUGGGAAUCAUGGAAAAGACAAGAGAGGCUUUUGAAACUGAUGAGAUUCCGUUCCAUCGUAUCCGUUACUUUAAAUCAAUGGCGACGAACGAAAUAAUAUGGGACCGAAAAAAGCGUAUCGAUCUAAUAACACGAUCUUAUAAGGGACCGCUUUCCGCAGAAUCAGCUCCAUCACCUUCUCCAACGUUGUCAGAAACAACCGCGGAAGAACCGUCAUCUCAGGAGACAUCACCGCCUACGACGCGACGGAAAACACCAUAUCCCGAACCUGCUGCACAACCCGUUUUCUCCACAAGAUCAAAGAAAGAGUAUAUCAAGCGCAGACGAGCAAAAACUCAGAAAAAGAUGAUCGAAGCUGCCAGGCUCGAGCUGGCAGAAGAGGAAAGAGUUAAGCGUGAGCACGACAUGAUGUUGGAGGAUAAAUUACGGGAAGUGCAAGAAAGGAUUGAAAAAUUCAAUAGCAUGAAAGCUUUCUUGGAGAAUACGCAAAGUGUUAGCACUAAUUAA